AAGAAAAGGGAGCUAGCUUCACCAAAGCAGCCAAACAAGACCACCCAACAAUUCGCCUUCCCAAACAUAGCAGAGACUUUUUUCAGCUGAGCUCUCUCUCCCCCUCCUCAUGGAUUCCCAUGUAGCUUUCAUGUCUCCAACUUGGUUCGUCUAGAGAUGCUCACCAGUCAUCAUCUCUUAUUAGCUUCCAUGUAUAUGCACCACUUCUUCUAAAGAAGCUCCUACCCACCAUAUAUAAUAAGCCAUCUCUUCUUUUACGGCUCCAUCGGCCGACCUGAUCAGGGUCACAGGUGGAAGUGCAAUGGAACAAGGGCGGUACUGGAUGUGGACGAAGAGAAAACAGUGUGUGGGGUCUCAUCUUCCACCGUCCACGACCUCUUUGUACAACGAUUCAUGGGAAGAACAAGCCUUUGCAGAAGACUCAGCUGGACAUCUUGGAGGGUGCAUAUGGCCCCCAAGAUCUUAUACUUGCAGCUUCUGUAGGAGAGAAUUUAGGUCUGCUCAAGCUCUAGGAGGUCACAUGAACGUCCAUAGGAGGGACAGAGCUAGGCUCAAACAAUCUCCUCCAACUCCCCACGAUGAAAUUCUUUAUCAUCACCACCAGAAUCAUUACCCUAAUCAUCAGAACCCCUGUACAUCCUUGGGUGUUCAAUACCCUUCUCAGCUUUGCACUUUGGUUUACAGUCCUAACCCUAACUCUAACCCAGGUGCUAUAGCAUCACCUCUGUCACCUUCUAGGGUUUCGGCCCCGUCUACUCAAGAGAAUUGCAGCGAACAGGCCUUGGUUUCUCCUUCUUAUACUUCUCCUAUCACUCAAGAACACCGAAAGAGUUCCCUUUUGUCUCCCCCAUCAUCGUGGUCGGACACUGUUGCUGUUAGGGUUCUUUCUCUCUCGGAUGCGGCAAAGAUUGAUGGAGAGAAAAAACCCAAGACGCAAGAAUCAGGAUGCCAUGUUCUGGGGGAUUAUGUUAAGCCAGAUUUGGCUGUGAGCUUGAAUUUGGUUGUCCAUCGGGACCGACCAUCAGAGUCGGCUGACAAAGAAGAGGAGGCUAAUAGUAGGAAGAGAAGGAGAACCGAUGCAUCAACGUUGCCUUUCCUUCUCCAACCAAGUUCAGUUGAUAUACACCAUAUUCAAUCGGAAGUAGUUGCUGUUCGCCCGGGCUCCAUGGAGGACUUAGAUCUUGAGCUAAGGCUCGGCGAUCGGCCUAAGGGUUACGUUGUUGAAUUGGGUUGGUUUUCUCAAGUAACAGGUAGCCAGGACUGAUGAGUGCAGAGACGCCUGUGUGAGGUUUUAGAGCUGUGACAGAUGUGCACAUGGGCAUCUAAUGUCGUUUCUUUGUUUCUUUAAGAGUUAUGGAAUUCAGUAAGGGAAUGAAUACUUAUUCUCGCUUGUGUGCGUUU